CAAAUAGGGGACUUUCAUGAAUUAGUAACUCAUUGUGCCGGUUAUAAAAGCAGGUGAGACUCCACUGCUGCAGAACUCCACCUGACAGACAUCAUAUGUUAGGUCCUUACAGAAGAGCAAUGACCAUUAAGCUGUUUCUUCUCCUUCUGGUUCCCGUGGCGACCAGCUCCUCAGCUCUCAGCCUCCCUCUGGACUGCAAUGACGUCUACGUCCAAGACACCAGCAGACCCAGCGGAGUUUACACCAUCUAUCCCAUCGGAACCACAUCGGCCGUCCAGGUUUACUGCGACAUGGACUCUCUGGGAGGAAAGUGGACGGUUUUCCAGAGGAGGAUGGACGGCUCCGUGAACUUCUACAGGCCCUGGGAUCAGUACAAGUUCGGCUUCGGGAACGCGGCGGGAGAGUACUGGCUCGGUCUGGAAAAUGUCUUCCACCUGACUAAGAGGAGAACAGAGCUGCUGAUCGACAUGGAGGACUUCGAUGGAAACAAGUCGUAUGCCUGUUACACCUCGUUCUCCGUGGGCCCACAGUCUGACGGCUACAGACUUCACCUGACUGGAUUCACUAACGGAGGGGCAGGAGACUCUCUGAGUCACAUCAGUGGACAAAAGUUCUCGACAUUCGAUAAAGAUCAGGACACCUGGGUGAACAACUGCGCCCGAUCGUUCCUUGCAGGGUUCUGGUACUCCGAUUGUCACAGUGCGAACCCAAACGGCGUGUACCUCUGGGGGGCCGACAGCACUCUUUAUGCCAUCGGAGUGGAGUGGACGUCCUGGAAGGGCAGGGGCUACUCCCUAAAGGCCAUCAGCAUGAAGAUCCGUCCAGCACAGUGAACUGGGAUGGGAUUUAAGCGUCAUCAGAAGUUUCCAGGAACCCAGAAAGGGAUCUCCAGCAAUUCUGCAGGACGUGAUGAAAGAAGCGGGGCGAAAGAUUGGACUCAAACAAAUACUGGAGAAAUGGUCAGAGGCAGUGCAACCGGUCAGAGUCGUCCCACUCAGUCACUGAACUCGGAAGGAACUCAGUAGCGUAUCAAAUCCCCUGCCUCAGCAAAUCCAGUAGUUGUAAAAAGCUGCGGUCUCCCCAUUCAUCCAUCAGAUGGCGCUAUUGCACCUGUCUGAAUUUCUUCUGUGUCUGUCAGUAAAACUACUUUGAUUCGUGAGCUAAAUAGUAACCUGUUGUUUACUGAAGAAAUAGGAUCAUGUUAUCGAAUUAUUUUUUUUUACAUUCUACAUGUAGUCCAGAUGUGAAAAAAUGUGUCGUUACAGCCUAAAUUAGAACCUUUCAGUGUCUCUGCCUCUGUAGAAUGAAGUGAAGUCAUUCCAGUGUAAUUAUGAAAUAUUGAGUUUGUGGUUUUAG